AUGCCUGGAGGACGAAUGCCAAUGCAACGGGGUUUUGAGAACUCUCGUUCGGACAGCCCGAGCACCUCGUUUCGGUCACAACAAGGACGGAACCAAGCGCCUCCAAAUCAAUUCACGCAACCAGGCCCCAACCAACAAUUCCCCAUUCAACGAUACGGUUUCUUCACCGCGAACAGCACCCCACAAACAGCCGUUUAUCAGUUGAAGCAUCAGAAAAAUGAGCCACCAGCUGGGUCGCAAGUAAAUGGCUUUUUCAACAAGGAUCGGCUCACUCAACCGUUGGGAAAUACCCAACAAACCAGCAAACCGAGCGACUUUGUGCAAUCACAGGGAAACAACGAGAUUGAGGCUCGAGCUCAGGCGAUUCCGCUGAACGCUGCGGAAAACGAGAAUGAGUUACUUGUCCGUCUUCUCUACACGCAUCUAGAGAAAAUUCGUGAUCCCACCAAACAGUUACGACUCCGAAAUGAGCUGCUCUCCCGGGUGCAAGAGGUUCUUGAAGAACAAUUAGCUGAGGAGAGUCCAGUGACCGAGGAGACUCGAAAGCGAAAAAGUGACACUGCGUGGAUGACACAAGGAGCCACCCAACCGUCUCCACCACAACCAUCACAAAUCCAAGCAGCUCCCGAACAACAAAAGCCAUCAAAUCAGUCCGAUUCAUCUCCAUUCGUUCAGCAGGAGUUGACCGGCACAACUUUUCAACCAUCCUAUCCCCGGAAUCAACACUUUUUGACC